AUGUUUCUCUAGCUUCUCCUCUGCUUUGCCCUUUACCGUUGGGGUAAACGCGUGUCCCCACCCGGCAUCCCCGGCCUGGCUUCAGCACUGGAACCAGCAGGGGGCGCGACAGUUGGGCCUGCAACGAUAGGGCAGAAACGGCUCGGGCCAGGCCGACAGCUCACGAGCACAGAGGAUCCAAUGAAUUUGUUCUAUUCUUUCUGUUCAUACCAGGGGUAGAAAAGCACAACGCGGAGUAAAUAUUCUGCCCCGAAAGGAAAUCAAAGCAUGAUGGGCAUCUUUGCCACCUCCUGCAGUCCUGCUGGCGAAGCAAAGCCAAAACUUUCUGCUCCUGCAACGACCUGUGUAUAGUGUAUAAAAAGACAAGCCUGCAAGACACGAGCAGGCAGGCAGGCAGAAGCUGAGAGAGGGCAAGCUAAGCUCUCAGCCGUGCUUGCUGCUUGCUUAUCCUUGGAGCAAGAGACCGCGAAAAUCGUCUACUCAAGGAAAAGAUUCCGUAAGCAGAGUCUCCUCGCUUUGUUCUGGGCGCAGCUCCUCCAAUCCAUGGGUUCCAAGGACGACGCGCCGACGUGGGCGGACCAGUGGGGCUCCGGCGACGACGACGGGGCCAGCGCCGGCAACGGCAAGGCGGGCGGUGACAAGAAGACGGUCGCCGGCAACGUGAAGGCGGCGGCGUCGGGUGGGCUCGUCAAGGCCAAGGCGGCGGCGCUGGUGGGGGCGCACAAGGUCAAGUCCGGGACGAGCAGCGGCAUCAAGUGGGUGAAGGAGCAGUACCAGAAGAGGGCGUCGUCCAAGUGAGCCGCCAUGCGCGAGGAUGUGUUCAUCCGUUUGCAGUUGCACUGAGCAAUCAGCAAUGGGAUUUUAACUCCUUUCCUCUUGUAUUGGAUUUGGAUGUAGACUUUUGGAUUGCAAUUGGCUGCUUUCUAACUUGUAAGACGAUGGCCAUUCUUAUGAUUUUGCGUGUGGUUUUAGUCCAGAUGAUUUUGCACAAGUUCAUGCUA